AUGAGUCUGCACUGCCUUAAACAGCUCGCAGGUAAUGUGUGUUUAAAAAAAUUUAUUCUAUUUGUAUUUCAUGUGUUUUUAGAAUUAGUUCUGAAAAUUCGGGUCGCCAAUACAGCUGAUCCAGAUUUCAUAGAAGUGGAAUUGCCGCGAAACGAGUUAACAUAUCAAGCUUUGUUAUGUUUGUGUUGCAAAGAGCUGGAUCUCAAUCCACAUCAGAUUAAAAAAUUACGAAAGUUGCCCAACACUAAACUGAGAAAAGACAAGGAUAUUCAGAGACUCCAAAAUUUCCAGGAAAUCGAAGUGAUGAUAGAUGCAACAAAUGUGUAUAAGAGCAUGCAAAAUGCUAACGGCGUUAACAAUUUGCUGAUGUUACCAGCCAAUGGAUAUCAAAGUAUAUCCAAGAAGGAUCAGACCAUUUUGUAUUGACCACUUGCAUUAAAAAGAAAACCUUUACAAUUUCAAGUAUUUACAUAAAUUAGUAUUAAUAAAAAAAAUUUAUUAAGCAAUAUUAAUUAUUUUUAUUUAUUAACGAUAAGGAAUAUAUCUUUCAAGCAAUAAAGCAUUAGGCAA